AUUCUCAAAUGAUGGAAAACUAGGAAAGAAAAGGACAAACCCUUUAGAAAAUAUCUCUUCUCUUUCCUGUGAAGAAACCACCAAAUUAAGCAUCAUUUUCCUUUGAGAGCUCAAGCAAAAACCAAUAUAUAUAGUAUAGUAAUGGAAAAACCAUUAACAAUGUGGUGGAGCUUGUUGUUACUGGGAUUUUUUCUAUCAUGUAUUACGGAAGCUCUGUAUCUUACGAUAGUAAAGCUAUUAUCAUUAAUGGACAAAGAAGGAUCCUCCUUUCUGGUUCCAUUCAUUAUCCUAGAAGCACACCUGAGAUGUGGCCUGAUCUUAUUCAAAAAGCUAAAGAGGCAGGUUUAGAUGUAAUCCAAACAUAUGUCUUUUGGAAUGGACAUGAACCUUCUGCUAAUAGGUAUUACUUUGAGGGAAGAUAUGAUUUGGUUAAGUUUCUCAAGUUGGUACAUCAAGCUGGUCUCUAUGUUCAUCUUAGAAUCGGUCCUUACGUUUGCGCUGAAUGGAACUUUGGGGGUUUUCCUGUUUGGCUCAAAUAUGUCCCUGGAAUGCAUUUCAGAACUGACAAUGGACCUUUCAAGGCUGCAAUGCAAAAGUUCACGACCAAAAUCGUCGACAUGAUGAAAUAUGAAAAAAUGUUUCAAACUCAAGGAGGUCCUAUUAUUAUGUCCCAGAUAGAGAAUGAAUAUGGACCAGAGGAAUGGGAAAUUGGGGCUCCCGGUAAAGCGUAUACAAAAUGGGCAGCUGCAAUGGCUGUAGGACUUGGCACUGGUGUCCCAUGGGUUAUGUGCAAACAAGAUGAUGCUCCUGAUCCAACCAUAAAUGCUUGCAAUGGUUUCUACUGUGAUUGGUUUACUCCCAACAAGAAAUAUAAGCCGAAGAUGUGGACUGAAAAUUGGACUGGCUGGUUUACAGGAUUCGGGGGUACAGUUCCUAGAACUGCUGAAGAUGUGGCAUAUUCGGUUGCCAAAUUUAUACAAACUAGUGGAUCAUUCAUGAACUAUUACAUGUUUCAUGGAGGAACAAAUUUCGGGAGGACAGCAGGUGGUCCAUUCAUAGCAACUAGUUAUGACUAUGAUGCGCCGGUUGACGAAUAUGGACUCCUAAGGGAACCCAAGUAUGGUCAUUUGAGAGAUCUUCAUAAAGCAAUCAAGCUUUGUGAACCAGCUUUACUUUAUUCCGAGCCAAUCAAAGCAGUUCUUGGGAGGCACCAAGAGGCUCAUGUCUUCAAUUACAAGGCAGGAGGUUGUGCUGCAUUCCUUGCGAACAAUGACGCAAACUCCCAUGCAACUGUUACCUUUAGAGGCUUAAAAUACUACCUUCCUCCUUGGUCUAUCAGCAUUCUUCCAGAUUGCAAAAACACCGUUUUCAACACUGCGAGGGUUGGGGCACAAAGCUCAGUUGCAAAGAUGACACGAGAGAGCAGCGGGUUUGCUUGGCAAUCAUAUAAUGAAGAGAUUGCAUCCUACGAGUAUAAUGAUAACUCGGCAACAAUAACACGUGAACUAAUGGAGCAGAUUAAUGUGACGAGAGAUGAUUCGGAUUAUUUGUGGUACUCAAAAGACGUCAAGAUAGAGCCAAAUGAAGCAUUCCUGAAGAAUGGGCACGAUCCUGUGCUAACAGUGAUGUCAGCUGGUCAUGCUUUGCAUGUUUUCAUCAACGGUCAAUUAUCUGGAACUGCUUAUGCGAAUUUGAAUAACCCAAAACUAACAUUCAGUAACAACGUAAAAUUGAGAGUUGGUAUCAACAAGAUUGCCCUAUUAAGCGUAGCGGUUGGCCUCCCGAAUGUUGGCAAACAAUUUGAGACAUGGAAUACUGAGGUUCUUGGUCCCGUCACAUUGAAGGGCCUUAAUGACAAACAAAGAGAUUUAACAUGGCAAAACUGGUCUUACAAGAUUGGUUUGACGGGUGAAGCUUUAAAUCUUGGUUUGCUCCGUGGAAGUUCUUCUGUCAAGUGGAUGCAAGGAUCUUUGUUAGCUCGAAAUAAACCCCUAACAUGGUACAAGACUAUUUUCGAUGCACCAGGUGGAAAUGAUCCUUUGGCUUUAGAUUUGAUUAGCAAGGGAAAAGGUCAAGUAUGGAUCAACGGGGAGAGCAUUGGACGUCAUUGGCCUGCAUAUAAAGCAUAUGGAAAAUGUGAUGUUUGUAAUUAUGCUGGGUACUAUAAUGAAACGAAAUGCGCUAGUAAUUGCGGACAAUCCUCGCAAAGAUGGUAUCACGUACCUCGUUCAUGGUUGAAACCCACUCGAAACUUAAUGGUUAUUUCUGAAGAAUUGGGUGGUAAUCCAAGUGGAGUUACUUUGGAUAAAAGAACUGUACAGAGUGUAUGUGCUGAUAUUUAUGAAGCGCAACCAUCACUAGAGAGUUAUUUGGCCCUAGCCGAUGGAAAAUCUGCAGUACCAUUGAAUGUGAAACCCUAUCUCUGGUGUAUGCCAGGAAAGAAAAUUUCUUCGAUAAAGUUCGCUAGCUUUGGAACUCCCCGUGGAUUUUGUGGGAGCUUUAGGGAAGGAAGCUGUCAUGCACACAAGUCGUAUGACGCCUUUCAAAAGGAAAUGUUACUGCAGAACUGCAUUGGGCAACAAUCUUGUGCCGUAACUAUUAGUCCUGAGAUAUUUGGAGGAGAUCCUUGUCCAAGUACCAGGAAGAAGCUCUCAGUUGAAGCCAUUUGCACAUAA